GCCAUAUUAGCACUGAUUUUGUAGCAUCGUUUAGCAGAGAAUUGAACAAAAGUUUGAAGCUAAUAAGGGUUAUUUUUGCUUAUCCAUGCCCCUGAAGGAUCAGUCCAACUCGACCGCCAUGAAACCAGCAGUGGAUGAGAUGUUUCCGGAGGGCGCGGGGCCGUACGUUGAUCUGGACGAGGCUGGGGGAAGCACAGGACUGCUGAUGGACCUGGCUGCCAAUGAAAAGGCGGUUCAUGCUGACUUCUUCAAUGAUUUUGAGGAUUUAUUUGAUGAUGAUGACAUCCAGUGACUUGAGGCUAAAAUGUCUUCAGAGUGAAGAUGGAUGAUAUUCACACAGCUCUGCACCUCUUUUUUCCCAACCUUUUUAGUGGGAAGCAAACCAUCCAUUUUCCAUCUAAUGACAUACAAUUUACUUUCAUAGUUGUUCUAGUUUCAGGCUUUUUAAAACAUCCUUAAAAGUCGACACCGGCUCCAGAUGUUGUGAAAUUCUUAAGAUCCCAAGGAUUCCUUCAUAUAUGGUAUUUUUAAAUUAUGAGCCUGUAUCGGGCUCAUGUCUCGGACUGCUUCUAAAGUGGAUUGCAGGUUUCAGAGAGCAGGCGAACACCUGUUAGGAGCGUAAUUAUACUUAUGAUAGGCAGAGGCUCCUUAUGGUGUCGCCCUUAAACAUGCUGCAGGUGGCAGAUGAUAAAUGAUGGUCUGUUACAGUGGCUUAAAUUAUUUGUAUGACAGUUAGUGAUGGACACAUGUGGGUUAUGUCAUAUUUUGUACAUAUGUGUACAGCAGUAAUGCAUCCAUUGUAUUUUUGUGAUGAACCUUAUAUGUGGCAUUCUUAAAAGAUAAUAAACUGUAUUUUGUAUACAUGA